GUCGGCGAGUGUUGCCAUAUCGCCCAGGAUACCCGAGCGCAGCGACACCACACACUCAGUAAUCAAGGCGUGGGGUUCGGUUGAGUGAGGCUGUUCUGCGAGCGCGAAAAGGGCAAAAUGAUGUCAACGCUCGAGGCGUCGCAAGACAUUCGAUCACUGUCAGACGAUGUGAGAGACAUGGUAGAACCGGCCUUUCCGCUGGAGAAGCACAAGGACUUCAAGGACUCGACAGAGAUGCCUGCACAAGAUCUAUCAGAAGAUUCCAAUUUGAAUACGCCGAAAAGCUCCGAAAGUCCUGUUGAGGCUCAUGGGGAUGCAGAAACUUUACAAGAUGCGAAAGCAGAUGAGGAGGUGCUCAGUAAAGAAGUGAUUUCAGUUGAAGAGAUUGAAAGUGACUCUGAAAGUGGAAAAAUCGGCAUAAAUGCUGUUGUUGAGGAACCGGAAAAGUGCGAAGAAAAGUGUGAAAGUUCACAGAAAGAUGCGGUAGAGUUGAUCAGUAAUGGCAGUGGCCAAGAAUGUGAGCGCAUUGAUUCGCCGAAGAGUGACAAUGAGGGUAACUUUGAGGAGAACAGUCAGGAUGUGAAUUGUGGUAAUGAAGAGGAUUCCAAGGAAGCUUCAGAUGUGCUCGAAGUGGCUGAGGAAGAAAUGCAUGAAGUAAAGACUGUUGAUCCUGAAGAUAUUGACUUGGGGUGCAACGAUGUGGUCCAGACAUCUGAUGAGAAUGCUGCAACAAAAAUGUCUGACACUGAAGAUAUAAUUGAUCUUGAUGAUAUGCUCAAGGAAAUCGGGGUUGAUAAUCCGGAGCAGAAUUUAGAGGCGAAGCAAGAGGAUUCCAAGUCAGAAAGCGAGAGUCCAGAGAAGCCUGAGCAGGAAAUCGAAGAAGAUGAUGAAGUCAUGAUGAUGGAACUCGAUGAAGAUGCGCUUGAAGAUAAAGAGACAGAGGAUAAAGCCGAAGAAGCACGUCCAGAAAGCAAGGGAGACAAGACUUCUGAUGAGCCUUUUGAAGAGACUGACAUACUGAAGGAAUGCGAUGAACUACUCAAAUCCUUUUCCGAUGAGAAACCUUCAGAUCACGUGCCCUCAAUUGCUAUCGAUGAGGAUACUUCAGACUUGCUGGAGAAGAAAACCGAGGCUGAGAGUGAAGUCCAGGAUAAGGAUGACUCAUUGAAGUUAGUAAUUGAUGAGGAAAAUAUGACUGAUGAGCCAGAAGAUAAAGCUGAAACUCCUAAAGCAGACAGCAAAGUGGAUGAAUCUGUAGCAGAAAAUGGAGAUGAAACCUCGAAAGUCGAUAUGCAGACAGCGGAGGAAACAGGUUCCAAGGAUUUAGCCAAUAACAGUGAUGAUAUUUUAAUAAUUGACGACGAGCCUGAAGCUUCUGCGGAGACAGAGAAGGUGGACCAAGAGGAGACCAAGGCGAAGGACAGCGAGGAGAAGGAUGAGAAGAAGGAAGAAGAGAUUCUCAAGCCAACAGAGAUGGACAUUGACGAGGACUCGAGCCCUCAGCAGGAGUCAAAGGACGGUGAACCAAAGAAUCCUCCGUCGCAAGAGCCCAUCGCGAUCGAUGAUGACGACUUGUCAAUGGAUGAAAAGGAUGGGUCGAUGGACAAGCUAAUAAGUGAAUCAGUGGGUAAAAAGCGUUCCUCGGUCUCGUCAGAUUACGAAGAGCGAUCGAAGCGCAUGAAGUUGUCUGAUGAUUCUGAGAAAGACACCGACACAAACAGCCAGAGUUCUAUUCCCAGCAAGAAGGACGUUGAUGCGAUGGACAGCACGAGUAGGCAGAGUGAGACCAGUGGAGAUUCGCUGAAGAUGACCCUGAAGCUGCGUGGGCUGGAGAAACUGAAAGAGAAUCUGGAGGUGGAGAAGAUUUCGCAGGCGGAGAAGGAUGUAGGCAGUUUGCUCACACCGCUGCCCAAGAAGACCUCCAUGGAGUUCAUGACGCGCUUCAAGAAGCCCUUCCAGGAUAUGUCGCACGCUGAUUUGGAGGACUUUGUGCUGCAGAAGAUCGCAGAGCAGAUCACGCAUAAGUCCGAGUACAGUGAAUUGAGGAAGAAGGUGGAGAAGCAGGAGGAGCUUAUUUCUCUGUACAGGACAAAACUGACGGAAUUGAGCAAGAAUUUCCACGAUCUCGAGGUUGUGUACAAGCGUGUUCAGCAGGAUUUGGACAACAGGAACGCAGGAUAUGUGCAGAUACCGAAGAUCACGCGUGCCGUGGGACUUCAGGUAUCUGUGUCGAAUCACCGCAAGCAGCUUGGACUCAGCACUUCACACAACGAAGCCAGGCAGUCAGCGCAGGAGGCGACAAGGAAGAUGAAGCCCGUGCAGCGAUUUACGCCAAUGCGGCCGCCGAUGACGGAGGCGGAGCAACGAAAUCUGGAGUCGCAGGAGCAGAGGCAGCGCCAAGAGUUGCAGCAGCAAGUGCAGCAGAAACUGGCACUGAAUGCAGCCAACAUCUCCGGAGGAACAACAACUAUUGCGCAAAGGCAGGAAAGAAAUUCCCAGAAUAUGUCGGAUUUUAUAUGUGAAAAUGAGACGAAAGAAAAAUCUCGCAAAAUUCCUGUCAUGCGAAAAACAACCUGGUUCAAUCGGGUACUCAGAAAGGUCCAUCAAAAAUAUAUAGAUAAAAAAAUGAGGAACAAAGCGAUUAAAAACUGGAUUUCUAAGAGUAAGACAAAUGGAUGGAUGCCUCUAACUGAAAGGAAUUCAAAUAUUGUAGUGCUGAAGCACACUCCGAAGCCGCCGCCUGUGAAAAUCAUACAGCCUCAGCCGUAUGUUGUGAAGCGAACAGCCGUGCGGACGUCCACCAUCACUUCGACAGUGGUCACGAAGACAGUCUCGCCGGCUGGCAUUCAGCAGCGUGUCGUCCUGUCGCCCAGCGUGUCCGCGCAUUCACAACAAUCACCGACGGCGCACAAGGUGCCAGUGCAGUCGCAGCAGAGGAGCCCCACUAUUGCGACACCGGCGAAGAAGCAGCAAGUUGUUGUGGAUCUGACGGAUGAGGAUGAUAGCAAGGCGAAGGUGAAAAUUCCGACAACGCAGUCACUCCUGAAUGGUGGCAUUCCCGCUCUUGUAGCCAUCCCGAGCAGUUCCAGCAACAGUAAGACGCCGCCCACCAAGUACGUGAUGGUGCAGCAGAUGGCAGCGACCAACGGACAGCUCUCCAAAACCAUGCCGCUUAAGUAUGGUAAUAGGAUCAAAAAUUUCGCUCCGGAAUACACUGAGUCUCCGAAGAAGAUCCGUGGCUUUAAUGUAAAUACGAAACAACGGAUUAUUUAUGUGGAUUUUUACACAGACAACAGAGACGCCCUGGAUCCGGAGUCUGUUCAUUACGAGAGUAAAUGGGAAAAGUUAAGUGAACAGUUGAACAAUGCUGGACCACCGCGAAAGGAUAUGUAUGAGUGGAUGGGAAACUUUCGGAAUUGGAUUUAUCAAUUGCAUUACAAGAAAAAGAACUUCGAACAAAAGUUGACCAAUCUGGAGAAGAGAGCGCUUGAUAUCAAAGUUGAAGAUCGUCCAUUUAAUGCUGUUGAAGAAGAUGAAUCUUUGUGGGGUGCUUUUGGAUCAUCAAGUCCACCUCAGUUUGAUCCAGUUUGGAAUUACCCUUCACACAUGCAAAAGAGGACGCAAUCACAGACUGUUAAUAUUGUUCCUUUGGAUAAUAAUUCAAAGAUCCGCGGUUUAAAUGUGACAAUGGUGCAGCGCAAUGUCUUCGUGGAUUUUUGCACUACUAACAUCGCCGUUAUGGAUCCUACUUCUACUGAUUACCAGAGCAAAUGGGAGGAAUUGUGCCGUCUUCUGGACGAUGCUGGACCGCCGCAAAAGGAGAUCGAUGAGUGGAUAGAGAAUUUCCGCAAUUGGAUUUACCAAUUGCGUCGCAAGAAAAAGAUGCACGACAAGUACGAUGGACCGCCGAUGACCACUCUGGAGAUAACGGCACUCGCUCUGCAUGAUUCUAUCGGGAUAGCUCCGUAUACUCGGCGACAUCUAAGUGCGACAGAGCAGGAAUUCUAAACACUUUGAGUGACUGAAUUGUUGGUUUGUUUUAGAACCAUUUGACAUAGUGAGAGAAUGAAAAGUUAUUCUAAACUAUUGUAUAUUUUAGUGAAUAAAGAACUUCUUAGUAUUCAACAGCAUUUAAGGAAGUUCGAUGCAAUUAAACUACCUUUUAGUUGAUGAAUUUUAAUUUAUUUUCUUGAUGUGAAAGAUUGAGUUUCUUCUCCACCUUAAACCACAAGUUUCCUCGCAAUUUACCGAGUUUGCGAAAUGACGAUCUAAUAAUUAUAAUAAAUGUGGGUUAAUCUUGCCAAUAAUUUUGAUCUUAAUGUCAGAAUUGAGAUUAUACCUCCAGACCAGAAGAAGGUAGGAACAAUUAAGGAUGCAGAAAUACUUCGAGAUCUUAAAGAAUUCUUUUAAUCUUUUAUCAGU